AAUGCCAUAAUAACACAUACAAUUUAAUUGUUACAGAACGAUGACGGUGAAGAAGACCACCCGCAGCGGCGGUUUCGCUGCGUGCGUCGCGCGACAGAAGCUCCACAACAACAACCAGUUCGACAUCCUCACCAUCAAGCCUACCAACCCCACCACCUACAACAUCGUCGUCGGCUUCAACGAGAAAGACCAACUCCAACUCCUCACAAAGGACAACGAAUUCAUAAAAGAAUUCUCUGAACUCAAAAACAAAUACGAAAACAUAUCCAUCGACGACAUAACGAAUUGCGUCAACGUCGAAAACUACCCUAACUGCGAGAACACUCUAGUCUUUUACGUAACCAAAAACCUGACGAAAGAAGCGAUAGCCCUCAAAUUCGAAAACGAGCAAGACUUCAAAAGGAUAUACUUCACGUACAAAUAUUUUAAAAUGCGUAAUCGACUAACGAACAACGCCAACAAUUACGCAAGUAGCGAUAAUUUGUUUUCAAAAAAGAAGACGUACGAGAUAUUUAAGAAUAGAAAAAAUAGUAUCGAUGAUUACAGUUUCGAGAAAAGUCGAGCGGAGUUUGAUUUAAUGCAGACAACCGAUAACGAUCUGACGUACAUGACGGUGCAGCAGAAGAAUUACCAUUCCCGAUUCGAUCAGCCGAUGAGUCUCAUAGACAUCAGGAGCGAAGAGCCAGGCGAAAUCGACAGUGUCAUAUAUACUAACGUAGACAUACCAGCCAAACCUGACAGGAAAAGGCUGUUCCAUAAAAAACCUAAAGCACCACCUCCUCCAGUACCUACAAAUAAUAAAGAUAAUCAAACGAAAGUACUUAAAGGAGAAUUCGUUAGAGUGAACGUGGAAAGAAUUCCGGAUGUGGUUCCUAAGGAUAACAAACAGAGCAAAGUCCCUGAUAUCCUCAUGUUUAGAGAUAGUAAACCUAAGAAGAAUGGUGCCAGCAAUUUGUGGUCGGCCAGUAAUAAAGUGGCGACUGGGUACGAGUCAGACCGCGAAGAAUGGAGGAGCAGCCGCUCGCAGUUCUCCACCACCGCGUUCGACAGCCUCGCCCGCCCCACCAAGAUGGCCAUGGCGCUCACCCUCCGGAAACCCCCCAGGAUCGACCCCGUGCCCCAAUACUACCGGCUGGCCAGCGACCCCAAGCCUAAACUCACCCCUCUACCCUUCAGACCUAACAACUUCCUCCAAAGACCACCCAGGCUCCCUAGACCAACCGCCGAAAUUAAAAGAAACAUUCUAACCACAGAUCAUCGCAAAUACGCGUCACUGCAAAACCUCGACUUACCCAUGAAGUUAAGCGAGAAGAACAAAAUCGAGCCCAAGAAAACCAACUAUUCCAACAUAUCACAUCGGAUCACAGGCUUAACCAACAAGCUGAGAGACCUAGGCAGUCCCAGCAAUACUAUUGGGAGGUUUAAAGCUCAGUCACAUAAUGAUGUGGCUAAUUUAAAGCCAGUACUGAAGACUAGAGACGGCCACGAUGGCUCGAAAAGGUCCGUAGUGAGGACUUGUAGUGCUGAACCGCCAAAGAAAGUUACAUUCAGCGCUUUUGCCACAGUUCAAGUGGUUUAAUUUUUAGUUGUAUCAUACGUAUUUUAGUUUAUAUUUAAGACAAGGCUAGGCCGGGAUUUCUGUGUAAAUACAAUUGUAUAAAGUUUAUCUCCGCAAAUAGAACUUUUUAAAAGUUAGUAUUUUAGUCAAAAUUAUGUGUGUUUUUAGAUGUGUCUUAACUUUAUCAUAUAGUUAUUUAUUAUUAUUUUAAAAUGUAGAUCUAUUCUGUCUACUUAUUGUACCUACUUUACUUCAAACAGUGUGACUAUAUUGCACCUCUUUAUAUCAUUAUAUCUUUAGUUAUUUAUUAAUACGUUGCACCUAUAUAAUGCGUAUAAAAAUUAAUACAUGAUCGGCUCUGAAAUAGAAGAAGUAGGUAGAUUGUUUUAUAAGUUCUGUACGGAUAUGAUGGUCGUAUUUGUCUACGUGACAGCGUGAUAAAACGGUGUCCGUCUCUUUCUAUCCCGCAGAGUUAAAAAAUGACAGUUGUUUUAUCACGUGGAUAAAUGUGGAUAAAGCGAUCCAUAAUAGGCUUGCAGCAAGCCUGGUGGCUCUAAAAUAUUGAGAAUAAUAAGAACAUUAUUAGCCCGUGCUACGUACGGGGGUGAUCAUAAAAGCGUCAAAAUACUUCGACGUAUUUGCUCAAAUACAUCUCUACAUCUUUGAAAAACAAAACACGUAUUUGAGAAAAUACUGCAAAGUGCGUAGUGCCACCACUUCGUGUUGAGUAGAAAUGCCACCAAUCUUUGUGAGAGAGAUUGCAGUCGGAACAUUUCGGGAGAAAUAAUGAAAAUUGAUUGUUAUUUAUGUAUGUAUUCUAAUAAGAAUAUCUAUGACAAGUAGCCAUAAUAAUAUAUGUAUUUUUCAAUGUGAAUUGGUUUUAUCCUGUGUGAAUCCUAGUCGAUGAUUGCUUUUACAAAUUUUUAGGUGCAAAGACGUGGUUUGGAAGCUUGCUUUGUAUUUUCAAUUUUAUUUCUGUAUGUGUUAUGACUGUUUUCAAUUGGCAUUAUGCGUGCGACUGAUAUUGAAGUGAUUGAAUAUUUUUGAAAUUGGUAUGGAGAGUUAUUGGAAGGUGCUAGUUAGCUAAGUUUAUCGCGCGUAGAAAAAGUUACAUCUACAUUACAUAUUCUUAUAUCAUGUUGACAAAUGAUAAAACAUAUUAAAGGAAGGGCAAAUUUAGCACGUGAUAAACUUUGGCAUUCUUGGUGGUCAUUCAUAAAUUAUGUCACGGACAAGUCAGGUUUUAAUCAUUAAAUUAUAUAUAGGCUGGACUGGACUAGCAACCAAAUUGUUUCCAACACAAGAAGUACAGUUCUCUAAAGAAUAAAAAAAAAAGAAGUACAGUCAGCUGCAAAAUACCUUUUAGUCAAAAUUAGGACCCUUAGUGCCCUACAUGAAACGUUAAUCAGUAGAUUGUUGACAUAGCCUAUGGAUGAAUUCACCUUUGCAUGACUGUGAUGGCACUGAAUAUAUAAUAUAGCUUUUGUUAUAAGUAAAAAGUCAUAAUAAUUACUAUUCAUAAUGAAUUUUAGAAUUAUAAAUAAAAUACUAAAUCUAUUUUCGUAAGUGUGCAUUAUUCUUCAUGUUUUCAUUUUAUUGUGUUUGAAUUGUUAAUUAAUUGUAGUAGCUAUUUUCUUAGACUUGUUUGAAUCAAUAAAAGUGUUUUGUUAAUUUC